AUGCAACCCUCACAAGCCAACCCCAACACCGCCGCCUUUGCGGCCCCCGCCGACUACCACAGUGCGAACCAGCAGCCCGCCAAGCGCCCGCGCCAUCGCGCCUCCAUAGCCUGUGCCUCCUGUCGCGACCGCCGCAUCCGCUGCGUGGUGCGCCCUGGCGACACGGAAUGUUUCAAUUGCAAGCGCACCGGCGCCGAAUGCAUCAUCCGGAAUGAUGACGAACGUCGCAAGCCGAUUUCGCGCGCCUAUGUGGCCUCGUUGACGGAGCGCAUCGCCGUGCUGGAGGACCUGCUCAGGAGCAAAGGGGAAGAGCCGCCGCCAGCCAUCCACCCUCCGCGCAUCAGGCCUGGACUCCCUGGAUCCGAGGACCGGCACAGUCGACAGGAGCCUUCCCAGUCCGACAAUGCCUCCUUCAGCGAGUCGGACGACGGUGCAGACCAGCCCGGCCAUUAUCUGUCGGCCGCGCGACCAGGUUCGUCUCCGCGUCUGCUGGACCCGUCGGACGAGAGCCAGAGUCUGGUCAGCCAACUGCUCGCCCCGAGAGGCCACCUGGGAAUCGACCAGACCAGUGGAAGCGUGCGCUUCUUUGGCUCGCUCAUGAACUGCCACCUCCCGUCGGACAAGGCGGCAGCUUCAAAGACGUCCGACAUUGUCGAGCAUGCGCGGCGAGCCACCAAGACGAUCCGACUGCUCUCGCAGGAGACGCACGAUCACCUCAUGGACCUGUUUUGGGAGCAUUUCAACGCCGUUCUUCACGUCAUCCACAAAGAAGCUUUCCUCGACGACUACGAGCACGGUGCAUCGCAUUUUUACUCUCCUUUCCUGCACAUUUGCAUCCUUGCCGUUGGUUUCCGCUAUGCCGACAAAACUCGGCCCGACAUCCAAAGAAUCGCGCUUGAGCCAAGAGAGAGUACUUUCCACCGCGAGGCAAAAUACAUGCUUGAUGUUGAGCUAGAACGACCGGGCGGGAUUCCCCAAGUCCAAGCUCUCCUCCUGCUUGCGAACUGCGAGUGUAGCGUGGGACGCGAUCACACCGGCUGGCUCUACUCUGGCAUGGGCGUCAGACUAGCCUUUGAUAUCGGUCUCCAUCUAGAAACGCGCUCGUCGGGACUGUCGGAGCGCGAGGUUGAUGUGCGGCACAUGACCUUGUGGGCCUGUGUAAUAUUUGACAAAUACUGGUCUCUUUUUUUAGGGAGACCCACAGCAAUAAAGAGCUCCGACCUGGAGGUCUACGCUCUGGCCAAGCGAUUUGAGCGGCUCGGGACCUGUUUGCCCAACGGACCGGAGCUCUCCCUCGAGACCCAGAUCUACGAGGCACUGAUCGACUUGAUGGAGAUUGCGGGCAAGGCAGCAGAAAACAGGGAAGCGACUGCGGUCUCUGGCGGAGGUUUCGACCGUACUUCCUACAAGUCCCUGGUUUCUCUGGACCGGGAACUGAAUAGCUGGUACUCUCGCUUGCCCGGCGCGUUGAAAUGGGAGCCAACGAAUAUUCAAACGGCGCCCAGAUCCUUCUUCGUCCUGCACCAGCAAUACCACUCGGUCCAUAUCCAGAUCCGCCGUUCUUUUACACGCUACGAGGACUCUGUCUCCCCAGAUGCCAAGGACCUGUCUGGGGAUGCCGUUGUCACGGCAGCUCGUAGAGCGUGCACUGGCCAUGCAAUAGCCGUUGUCAAGAAUUUCUGGCACUACAGGCAGCGGUUCAGCGCCAAGCAGAUUUUCUGCGCCGCAAUGCAAACUGCGGGGACUGCCUGUACGACGCUGGUCGCAGAUCUUGCUUUUGUCAAGGAUGUCAAGGAACGCAACCACAUCCUGAAGUACCUGAAGUGCAUGGCGGUAUCGCUUCAGGAGAUGUCUGGAAUCUUUGCGCCAGCCGAACGCAUGUGUCUUGUGCUGCAGCAUGUCCUGGCCGAGAUAUCUCAAUCAAGCCCACAGCGCGAGGCUUCGGUCGUGCCAGCGUCGCGGCAGAGCACCGAAGAUGACACGAUUCAGAACGCGCCCAAACGAAGGCAGCGACCCGAUCACCGGCCAACGCCGCCGCUGCGGAGAUCGGAAGGAUCAGGCUCGGUGCCUCAAAUGAGACUGAGCGUGGGCAGUAUCCCGUCGUUGGCAGACAACCACUCGGAAUCAGGUGUCAAUGAAGCUAACGGGCUCUUCACUCCGCAAGGCGAUCUCAGCGCGUGGCCCUUUCCGAGCCAGGACAACCAGGUGGGUGUGGGCGGCUCGUCAUUGCCGGGCUCGGCGCCCGCCAUGUACGGGAACAUAACGCCGAACGCAUGGAUGACAGCCACAUCGCAAAUGCCGGACACGGCUCGAAUGAGCUUCUCGCAUUUUCCCGGGUUUACCGAGGGCAACACGCAUGCUGGGCAGAUGGACUUCCUCUCGCCGAAUGACGAGGCGUGGGGCCACUGGCGGCUGGAGCAGCCGCAGGGCCCGGUGCGGCCUGACGAGCUCGACGCCGUGCCUCCAGACAAACAGUACAGAUGA